GGCCAUUUUAGCAUGUUAUUGAGCCUCUUUGUCAGGCAUGGAUACUUAAAUACUGGCCAUUAACCACAUUUGUCUUCUGGACUCCCCUUCAGCCUUGCACUAAGUUCUUUUCGUAAUCACUGUCAUUUCUUCAAUAGAAAUGAUGAUGCUUGUGUCUCGUAUGGCUGGACGCCUUACGUUUGAGUCUCAACCUGAGACUGGGAUGGCUUCCCAAUACUCAGAUGAAACUGUACUGACGCGUUAUAUUCAUGAACGACGUAUGUGCUUCCACACCGAGUACGGCACCGUGACUACAUUUUUGCCGCCUCCCGGAAGUAAUAAGUGUACGACAGAAUCUCUGACUACCAUAUUGGAAGUCCGGGAGCCAGAAGAUGUCGAAGGCUGUUCCGGUGGCGAGGGGUUGGUUGAGGCUGGUUCUCGACCAGCACAUCCACAGCUUCCACGCGUCGCUUCUGCAAUCUCGUCCAAGGCAAUCAAUAUUGCCCAGAACUCGACAACUCUCAGCUUAGACUAUCUGACUGCAGUCAAUGAGCAAAUCAACAAGGAACAAGACAUCUUGAGAAAGGAGGUUGCUGCUAUGCAUGUUAAAGUCCAGGAGCUUCAAAAACAAGCCCAGGAACGGCAGGAGAUGGUUGAUUUUGCGGAGGUAGAAAUUGAGAAGAUCCUUCAAGAUCAUAUUCAGACUGAACGGCGUCUCAAGAUUCAGACCGCCGAGCUCGAAGCUUGUCAGAGGCGAAUGGAGAUACGUCUGGAGGAAUGGGAGGAUUACCGCCGGUUCCUUGAGAAUGACAUCGAUACCCUUCAUGAGAUUAUAUAUAAUUUAAGAGCGCAGUACGAAAUUGCGCGUCUUACCGGAGAAGAAUAUGCCUAUGAGCGCACCAUUCGCUUUUUGCAGUCUCAACUAAUACGACCAAUCAAAGAAGAUGUACCGUCCUUUCCACUUCGCCAGACCUCGCCCUCUACAUCUCCGCGUAAGCGGUCGCCAUCUAUGCGGGGCUUCAACACGCCGCCUAUGACUCCUCCUGCCACCCCUCUCAAGGUCUCCACAACUUUCAUGGAGAUGAAUGCCUACAAAUCGUCGAAGUUAGAUGACUCAACUGGGUUGGACUUAUCAUCUUUUGGUGCAACCGAACGGUGCAAAAUACCUCCUCGUCCUUCGACCCCUCUCCCUUUCGGCUUUAGUGGUGAUAGCUGAUUUUCAUCCGAUUCAGCUUCGGGUUCUUCGCAGCUGGAUUUAACCCAGUCCCAAGGCAAAUACUCCCACUGUCAUCAACUCGCCCAAUGUCGCCGCUUUAUGAUCAUGACUUAACGACCUACUCUGUUUUACUUCACACCCUCAAUUAUGUGUUUUAUAGCACCAAGGCUCGAUUACAGAGCACAUCCGUUCAUUGUGAAAUAUAUCGUCUCUCCGCUCUCGAUCUACUAUUGACGUACCUGAUUAUGUUCCAACUUUUGUGAAUAUACCAAGCUGUCGUGAUAGGUACCCUCCGACCCUUUCUUGUUCGAGCGGCCGCCUUCCGUAUGCUCUUUACGAAUGUCCGCUUCUCAUGCUGGCAUAAAGCUUACCUAUCCGG